AUGGCUGAACUCUGUAAGUUGUGCAUUGAAAAUGUAACCAAUCGUAAUUUCUAUUAUUACCGUUUUAAAGAUGAACAAACAUCAAAUUUAAAAGAUGAAGAUUUUCUAUCAAAAAAAUAUCUAUUAACAUCGACAUAUUUACAUUGUGGCAAAACGUUGCAUGAUCAAAUCAAUAUAAUUCGUCAAAAUAUUGAGCACAUGGAAGACAAGACAUAA